UAUCUUCACCUCUUUCGCUCUGAACAUUGAAGAUAUCGAAUAGUAUUCCCUGUCUUUGCAUCGAUGAUGACAAGCAAACUUCUUCUCCUAGUCUGCUACGUUUCUCUUCUCUGCCUUGUAUCAUCGUCAUCAUUAUCAUCUGACCUUUCUGGAAAAUCUCAACCAUCUUCGUCGAAAGUCUCUCUGGGCCUGUACUAUGAAUCUCUCUGUCCGUACUGUUCUUCCUUCAUAGUUAACCACCUCACAAAGCUCUUCGAAGACGGUCUCAUAUCAAUCGUGGACCUCCAUCUGUCUCCCUGGGGCAACUCCAAGCUCCGCUCCGAUAAUGUCACCGUCCUUUGCCAGCACGGUGCGUAUGAAUGCUUCUUGGACACAGUAGAAGCUUGUGCGAUUGAUGUUUGGCCUGAAUUGAGGGAUCAUUUUCCGUUCAUCUACUGUGUUGAGAGUUUGGUGAUUGAGCACAAGUACAAAAAGUGGGAGACUUGUUAUGAGAAGCUCAAUCUGAGUUCAAAACCUGUUGCUGAUUGCCUCAGCAGUGGACAUGGAAAAGAGCUUCAGUUGCAAUAUGCUGCCGAAACGAGUGCACUUGAGCCGCCUCAUAAAUACGUGCCUUGGGUUGUAGUAAAUGGUCAGCCACUUUAUGAGGAUUAUGAAAACUUCAUAAGCUACAUCUGCAAGGCGUACAAAGGUAACAAAGUGCCUAGCGCGUGCGCCAAAUAUUCUUCCAUUCGCAGCCUCAAAGUGAAUCGCUUCCCUAUUGUUUGCCGGAAAGGAGUCAAUACGAUGUGGGAAUUGUUGGAACGUACCAAGACCUCUUUGCUGUCGUACCUCACAGGCCUGCUUUAAACACCGUCUCUUUAUUUUGUGCUGUGUAGCAUGAUACCCUGAAAAGCUUAUAUAGAUUCUCAGAUAUGAUGAAUAUGUAUGGUUUAUAUAUCAGAAUGUAUGUUUGUUGGGUCGUGUGAGUGACUCUGGUCUUGAGAUAUUAAAUGGAACAAUUCUUUUGCAAAUUAAGUAUA